CAUAUUUGCAAAUUGAAGACCAAAUGCAAACACGCCAUAUUUUUUUAACCUCAGUAGUCGCGUCAAAGCCAGAGGUUGUCAAAUUCACAUAGGGUUUCUCCGGUCUCUUCAGCUCCUUCACCAGUCAGCCAGAUCGCAAUUUCAACCACGAACUUCUUCAAGAUUAGUAGCAUCAGUAGAAUAUUUUAUUCACUCUUUUAAAUUUCAAAUUUCUCGUGAAAUUGUUUCAUUCAACAAACUAGAAAAUGGAAGCCAAAGCACUAAAAACCACCAAGGAGAUCACCUCCAGAAUAGACUCCGGCGUGCCCAAGAAACCUUCCAUGAUCACGCUGAUCCACUCCCGCCAACCAAGCACCAUAUCCCGGACAUCCAGUAGGCAAAGCGGCUUGAACAUCGUGGACAGGCGACCUUCCAAUACCAGCGCUAACCGGCAGCGUCCGGCUACCAGCUUCGUGUCUACUCGGGUGUCGCAUCCAUCCAACCCGAACAUUGGAGGCAACGAUAAACUGCAGCUGUCCGUUCAUCAGCUCGGCAAGCUUCCGGCGUAUCUGCGCAAUAGACGUCCGGCGACGGCCAGCGAAUCAGUGACAAGCCACAAGCCGAAGGAGGAACCGUUCCAGUUCCUUGCAAGUUACACCACAUUCCAGCAAAAUAAGGAACCACCGGAAGCGCCGGUUGAUGACUCGGGAAUCGAAAUUGGAAGUCCCCCCUGUGAAGGCCAAGUAGCUGGUGAUGUAGGAGCUCAAGGAGAGGAAGUCCCACUCGGGCAGGACCUCAAGGAAGUGCUCGAGAAGUCUCGACACCUGGCUGCCGUGUGCAAUCGUAAACAGGAACGGAUUGUGCAGCUGGAGGCUGAGCUGGCUGCCCAGGGCAAAAUUAUUCAGGAACGCGAUGAGGACAUCCAGAAGAUGAACACCAGCAUGAACAAGGUGCGAUCGCUGUCCAACUCCCGGGACACGAUCGCCCGAGAGGGAAUGUUGGAGCUGGAGCAAAAGUUUGAAGGUUUGCAACAGGAACUGACUCAGCGGUGUGGCGAGUUGAACAAAUGUAAGGAAAAAUGUUCCAAACUGAAACAGAAGCUGACGGAGUCCAAAGCGUUGGUGGAGGAGCGAGACAAAACGCUGUUCGAGCUCUUGGAAAAGGAUUCGGAGCGUAAAACGGAGCUUGACACCGUGAAGCAACAGCAACAAGAGUUGAAGUUACAACUGACCACGCUUCGGGAUGAACUGGCCACCAAAGAUGCCCUCAUCAGUGAACUUAAAGCGCACGAUCCGAUCAAGAUCGCCCAAUCGGAACUGGAUGGUUACCGAUCAGAAGUGGCGUCUCUCCAGAAGGAGGUGAAAGAGCUGCGCUUCGAAAACCAAAUGCUCGUCAGUGUCAAGAAACAGGACGACGUCAUACUCCAAAUUCGCACCAAGUUGCUGGAGAACCUGGAGAGAAACAACGAAGCAUUCCGGAUUCAGUGCGAGCGGAUUUGUGGCGGCCCGGACGAAGGAGACGGAGAGAAUGGUUGCCCUGGACGAGACGGUGCAAGGACUCGAAACAUUUUAUUAAAUGCUUUGGUCGAGAGGCAGUGGCGAUGCCACGAGGGAGAGCAAAUUUUCUGUGGAGCAGAGCUGGAAAGCUGGAAAAACAAGGGAACAGCUGAUCAGUUGUUGGAAAUGGUGAAAUUUCUUGCCGGAGAAAAUAGAAGGCUUUUAGAUAUGAUUAGGCCCAAAUGUGCUGCAGAAUCGCAAAAUGAAAUUCCAGAAAUUUCAGAUGAUGGACAGAAAACAGUUUCCGAUGAAAGAAAAACACAAGAGCAGAAAUUUAAGAAAGCUGACCAUAGUGAAGAACAAAUUACUAGCAGGACGAUUUACGAUGAACAAAUUUUGUGUAAUGAAGUAGAGCCAGUAGUUUAAAGGAUAUAUAUUUGUACAGCCUAUAUUAUUCUGGAAAAAAAGAGUUAAUACAGUGCUUUAAAUUAGACAUCACUUAAAUAUCAA